AUGACAAUCCACAGUCUAUACAUAUAUGAUAGGCACUGUGCUUGCGUGUACUACCAAGAUUGGCACAGAACGAGGAGGCCAAAACUCGCAGUCGAAGGGGGAAUAAUGCCUGCAGUUUCUCAAGCUGUCUCUGUGCGCCCAACGGAAGCCAACCAGCCAUCGUUAUCGGUCACAGGAAGCCCUAGAAACACACUCUCCUCAAGUUCUGGCAUUGUCGUCGCAGCCAGUGACUCCCCUUCUCCAUUGCUGCAGACACCGGUUUCCGCCGCUUCAGCGUUGACUUCAUCUAGCCCGGUCACCAGUACGGGCCUGUCUUUUGACGAAGAAGCAAAACUUGUAUACGGUGUUAUACUGUCACUCCGCAAUAUGAUCAAGAAGUUGUCGGGAAGAGACGAGCAAUUUGUGAACUAUCGCACCUCUGCGUACAAGCUACAUCUCUUUGAGACGAUCUCGGGAUACAAGUUCGUCAUGCUUAGUGACCCAAACGCAGACUCUCUUCGGUUUGUCCUUCGCCAGAUAUACGUUGGUCCUUUCCUCGAAUAUGUUACUCGCAAUCCGCUCGUUAGUAUGGACUCUAAAGAAUAUGGAAUAGAUAACGAAUACUUUCGCUCCGGUGUUGAUCGUCUCGUCCGAGGCCUGUCCAUCUUUGCUUGA